AAAGAGUCAGACGAGACAGUAUGACGUCACGCUGCUACGUGUACCGGAAGUAGUGGCAUCGCUAAUGCAACAAGCUUACCAGUUGUCAGCGUCCCAAACAAACGUAAAUGAUAUUACGAUCGCUUUGAUGACUAUGCUUUAGCUAACUAGCUUGGCUGUAGCUGUCAACAAAGCGAUUCUGACUGAUACUUCUUGGAAUAAGGAAGAGUUGUCACGUAAGGUCCUCGGUCAAAGCAAAAAAUUACAGCACAAGAUGAAUUGGCUUCGCUGUGGUAGUUGAUUUAUUUUCAAUAUCUACGUAACUUGGUGCUAGCUUAAUUGUUAGCUGUGUAGGCAAGAUGAGUUGGUUCAACGCAUCUCAUCUGUCCACUUUUGCCAAACAAGCAUUAACAACAGCUCAGAAAUCAAUCGAUCGUGUUUUGGACAUAAAAGAAGAGGGCCAAUGGAGUGACCUGACUGUGUUGCCGUAUGAAGAUGUAACAUUACCUGAAAAGUUGUCAUUAAGUGGAGGAUGGGGGAUGACCCAGUGGGAAGCACCACCUGAAGAAAAGACUUUAACUCCACCUCCCUCUGAGGCCAUCACUACACCUGUCACCCGCACUGUUGUGGAUGAAUCUGAAAACUUUUUUAGUGCCUUCCUGCCACCCGGAGAUGUGCAAUGUGUCACCUCAUCCCAGGUAGUGUCUGUACCUCCUGCUAAAUCUCAGAGACAGCCUCAGGAAACCAAGAAUAACAGCAAAAAUGUUAUGUUGAUGAAGAAAGUAGAGACCCAAAAGACCACGUCUGCUGAUUCGUCUCACGAUUGUCAGACAGUUGUUGAUGGCCAACUAGUGGAGCUUGAAUCCUUGGACCAGGAAGCUAUUCUUCUCCAACCAGUUUCUCCCAUUGAAAAUUGUGGUGACAUUUCCUGCAGCUCAGACGACACAAGGACCAAUACAAGCAGAGUGCAACAAAACUCUGUCACUGAAGUUUCUGCUGACUGUAACAUAGAGUGGUCACAGAUUCAAUUGGAAUAUCCGGUUGGCAAAAAUCCCUCAGAUUCUUCUGAAUCUUGUACAUCUUCGAAAUGUAAAAAGACUGAUCCACCAGCGUCUCAAUCUUCCAAGGAUGUACAGUUAGAGCAAAAAGACUCAAAGCCAGAAGACCGUCAGAGUGACACCCCCUCCCCUCCGGUUAGUGCCUUCUCUUCAGGAACAUCUACUACUAGUGACAUUGAAGUACUGGACCAUGAGAGUGUCUUGAGUGAGAGCUCAGCCAGCUCUAGACAAGAGACAGGAGAGGGAAAAGCUGGCCUUCAUUUGAUGCAUGGCUCGUUCCAACUUCUUUCCACUUCAGCGUGUGGAGAUUUCCCUCGCCUGGAAGACUACCCAAAACUCACAGAGAGUUGCGGUUCAUCUUCAGAUGCAUUUGAGCGCAUUGAUUCAUUCAGUGUACAGUCGCUGGAUAGUCGGAGUGUCAGUGAGAUUAACUCGGAUGACGAGAUCCCUGGCAGUCGGACACUUGCUUCCGUGACUUCGGGUGCUGCCCCUCAAACAGAUGUUUCAUCAGAUGUUUGUGAGAAGCAGGAAUGUGAAUUGGUGGAAAGGACACAUGAGGUAAAAGAGAAGACUGAAGAGUGUUUCACUGCACCUGUGAGGGAGCAGUCCGUGGACGAGAUGGAGGAGAGUGGACGGAGUGUGACGCCUGUGAAUUGUGAACAACCGGAACAUUUGGUGGAGCAGGAACACGAACUGGAGGCAAAUGUUGCACAGUCUGAUUCAGAGUUUAUUUCGCCAAACACAGAGGAAAGUAAAGGUGAUUCUACAGUCAAGAUUCUUGAACUGCAGAAGGUCAUUAUUGAGCUGACUGGCCGCCUUGAAAAGAGAGAAUCUCAGCUGCUGGCAGUCAGCAAGGACAAGGCUGGACUGGAGGAACAGUGUGACAAUCUUAGAGAUGAAAUUAUAGCUCUAAAAGAGGAGAGCUCCACAGUUCAAUCCUUAAAGGAUGAAUUUACACAGCGCAUAGCGGACACUGAAAGGAAAGCUCAGCUGGCUUGUAAAGAGAGAGAUAUAGCCAAAAAGGAAAUUAAAGGCCUUCGAGAAGAACUAUCUCUAAGACUCAAUUCCAGAGAUACAAUGGAGCUCAUCAAAGAGAAGGAAGAACAGAUCAGAGGCCUGCUUGAAGAAGGUGAAAAGUUGUCCAAACAACAGCUUCAGCAUAGUAAUAUCAUCAAAAAGCUGCGUGUGAAGGAGAAGGACAGUGACACAAGACUCGCCAAGCAGCAGAAGAAAAUCAAGGAGCUGGAGGAUGAGCUUGGACACCUACAGCAGGUAUUGGAGGGGAAGGAAGAAGUUGAAAAACAGCACAGAGACAACAUCAAGAAACUGAACACAGCUGUGGAGUGUCAUGAGAAGGAACAGAGCAGACUGCAGACGAGCUCUGAGGAGCUGCUUGAGAAGAAUAGAAGUCUCCAGGCAGCACUUGAUAACUCCUACAAGGAAAUAGCAGAGCUUCAUAAAGCUAAUGCAAGCAGAGCUAGUGAGGUUGAAGCAGCAGCUCUCAGUAGGGAGAUACAGGUCAAGGAGUUGCAAACCUCGGCCCUCGAGAAGGCCCAGGAGGAGGCCAGGAUGCAGCAGGAGGCUCUUGUCAACCAGGUGGCUGACCUGAGAAUGGCACUUCAGAGGGCAGAGCAACAGCAGGCACGGAAAGAAGAUUAUUUGAGGGAGGAGAUCAGUGAUUUGCAGCAGAGGCUCCAAGAGGCCGGGUCAAGGAACCAGGAGCUCAGUCAAAGUAUUACUUCAGCAACGAGGCCUUUGUUGCGUCAAAUUGAGAGCCUGCAGGCUUCACUGGGUGGACAAACGGCAUCAUGGGAAAAAUUAGAGAAGAGCAUGUCUGAUAGGCUUGUUGAAGCCCAGGCACAACUAGCUGUUGCAGUUGAGAAGGAACGUGCCGCAACAGAAGAAAUGUUCUCCAUUAAGUGCCAGCUGGCCUCGCUUGAGUCCCAGAAUUCCUUGCUUCGCCAGGAAAAGGUCAGACUCAUGACACUUGUGGAGACUGAGAAGAGUAGAAGAGAAAAACUGGAAGAUGAAAGCAGCAGGGAGCAUAUUGAGUUGGCAAAUCUGCAAGGAGAGCACAGUCGCAUGCUUGAAGAAGCAAAGAAAGAAAAGCUCCUGCUCUCUAAUCAACUAGAGAUGGAGAAAAUGAAGGUGGAACAGGAGAAGAAAAAAUGUUACUUGGCACAAGAGGCACUCAAAGAAAAGAGUAUAACCCAUGAUCCCCCAGCUUCUUCCACACCUUCACUGUCCCGCUCUAGUUCCAUCAAUGGGGUUGACAAUGCUGGUUUGCACUCAUCUAUAUUCUCACAGGAUGACUCUUCAGACCAUAAUAUGGGAAGUGGGAACAUGUCCAUGUCAAUGAGUGGAACCAACUUGUAUGAAGCCGCUCGCCUGUCUGGUGGCUCCAGCAUCAUAGAGAAUAUGCAGUCCCAACUCAAACUGAGGGAAGGAGAGAUCUCACAGUUACAGCUUGAGAUUUCUAGUCUGGAAAGGAGUCGUUCUGUGAUGGCAGAGGAGUUGGUACGACUCACUAAUCAAAAUGACAAGAUGGAGGAGCAGGUUACAGAGAUCCCCAAGUUGAGAACUGAACUCAAGGAUCUGCAGCAGAGGCACAACACCAUCUUGCAAAUGUAUGGAGAAAAAGCUGAAGAGGCAGAGGAGCUAAAGUUGGACCUUGAAGAUGUCAAGAGCAUGUUUAAAACCCAAAUUGAUGAACUGCUGAAGAACCAGAAAUAAAUCUUUUGUACUUUGAUUGUAUGUGGGAUAUUCACAAUUGAGAGAAAAAUCCACUAUAUUAUAAUUUUAUUUUAUUUAAUAAUGCAAUAUUCAAGCUGAUAUGUCAGUAAAAUUGUGUAAUGCACAGGGUGAUUAAAAAAAGAAUGCGCCAAAAUCAUCAUGUGAUACGUCAAAAACAAAAACACAUGACACAAUUCUAGUUUAGACACGUAUUGCUCAUAACUCAAGUUUUAGUAUGUAUUACAAGUACUUAAUGUGGUGACCCUGCAGCACGAACAACAUCAAGCAGACGUGAGAAUUCCUCCUAAACGCGCUUCAGCAUCCACAGUGUUGAUUGCAGUGUUUCAUGGCUCUUUCGUGCACUCUGUAUUACUGGAAGUGAUAUCGCGUGAUGAUUUUGGUGCAUUAUUUUCUAAUCACCUUGUACUAUGUGUAGAACCAAAUCAUUAAGAUACACAGACUGUACAGAUGAUGAGUAAGAAAAAGAAUGAACAAGAUGAUUGAGCUUCCAGGAAUAGCAGAGGGAUCAGAGAACAGUGCAAUCGUUUCAAACACUUACAUCGGCAACCGUAUCUGAAACACCCAGAUUUUAUCCCAGUAACUAUUUGUAAUUUAGUUCUCUCAGUUAACUACUUGAUACCAUUUCAGGGAAAUAUUUCGUGAACAACAUUUAGAGAGACCUGAUGCUUCUCUCACCAUUUUAGGAAGUUAUAACAGUUCAUUGGCCAGCACCUCAGACACUUUAAUAUGUAUUGUUUAACCCCCACACCCCUUUUAAUUUUGUUAAUCAUAUUUUACUUCUCGUGAUUGAUUACAUAUUUGCAAUUGUAUUGACAUGGUGAAGGAUUUUACACUGCAAAUGUUUUAUGAAAUUAUAUUAAUAUUGCUUUACAGCAUAGACAUAAUUAUCUGUUGCUGAAAUCUAAAAGUGGAAUUCUAACUGUACAGAUGCAUAUGAAUAAACAUUUGUGUGGUAGGGGGAAAAAUCAUUCUUGUCAAUU